AUGUCGCCAUCUACCAAAGUAACUGAGCGUGCAAAGUCCGACCCGAUCGCCCGUCAUCCACCCAAUCCCAACGCCGUUGAGCAUCCUUCCAAUCCCAUCAUCGCUCAGCAUCCGUCCAAUCCCAUCGCUGAGUAUCCAUCGAAUCCCACUAUCGCUCAGCAUCCAUCAAAUCCCAUCGCUGAACAUCCAUCCAAUCCCAUCGCUGAACAUCCAUCCAAUAAUCCGAUCGCUAACCAUCCGCCCAAUCACCUCGCUCAGCAUCCAGGAAGCCAGCUCAACGUAUGGCCAUCCCAAAUAGCAAGCAACAACGCUACCUGGUUGUUGCCACCUCACAAUGAUCAAGCUGCAGCCCUCGCUAUGAUGCUCCGCACUGAAAUACAAGCACAUAAUAUCGCUAAGGAGAUGCUUCACGCUACAGAGCAAAGAAGACUCGAGGUCUUCAAUAUCUGCAGUCGUCUGUCCAUUGAAGUGAGAGGCUGGGAGGCAGCUUAUAAUAGUAUGACAGAAGCACUCCAGCGGUGUUCUGAUGAGUUCUCCAGGAUCAGUGCAGAGAAUGUAUCUCUAAAGACGCAACUUCAAAUCUCACUUAGACAGUGUGAUCUUGGACUUGCGACCUCUACACCUACAAAUGACCAAAUCCUAGAUUUACGUAGCAAGCUUGCUCAGCAACAAAACGGAUACAGCGCUUGA